AUUUAACUGGCCACCCUGGUCGCAAUUUUUUGGCACGUCACAGCCGCGUCAUCAUGUCUCCGUGUCUGCUUUUAUCGCUUGGGAAUUAAUUUAUUCGACAAUCAUACCUUAUCGAAACGUUUUUAUGUGGACUGUAAAGUAAAGGUUGUCCCAAAAUUAUUUUUAACAUGGAAUUAUUACAGCAAGUGUCGAAUACGCAGUUUCUGUUUCCUGCGGCAGCUGUAGCGGUUGUUUUAGUAUGCGCUGCGCUUGUAUUUAUAUUCGGGUUCCACACGGCGGAACAGCCGCAAUUCGAUAAACUGCCUCUUGUUGUCGAUGACAGGAAAUCUUCAAACAAGAAGAGGAAAACAAAGGAGAAGAAAUCUUCUCCAAAUCGUACAUCUAAUGAAGAUACCAAACCGAAGUCUGAAAGCACUAAAAAAUCUCCAGCAAAGGAGAAAAAAGAAGAGAAAGUAAAAGAAGUGGAAAAACCUAAGCCUAAAGAAAAGGUAGAGAAUAAGGUUGUAAAGAAGGAAGUGGUAUCAGAGGCAAAAAAAUCUAAGAAAGGGAAAGGGACAAUUGAGAUUGAGAAACCAGCUGACUUUGAUGAAGGAAUUUGGGAGGAGGUUCCUAAAAAGAGUGAUAAGAAAAAAGUAAAGUCGGAGGAAAAAGAGAAGAAAGAAAGUCCAAUAAAGAAAAAUAAAAAGAAGGUUAAGGAAGCAGAUGUUGAAGCUGCUCAGCCAGUUGAGGAUGUCGAGCAAGUUGAAUCUUUUAAAAUUCUGAGUGCUGAAGGCCCUGAUGUAGAUGACGAUGUUGCUAAAGCUUUGCAGGCUCAAGUAGAGGAGGUAGAACGAGUCCUUAGAGAGGCAGAACGUCGUAACCAAGCACAAAAUGGGGCAGCUGAAGAGGAUGAUGUGCCAGAAAAUGAAUUGACUGAAGUAAAAGAUCUCAGAAGCAACAAGAAAAAAGAAAACAAGGAAAAACAAAACAAGAAAAAGGCAAAUGAGGUUGCUGCAGUCGCUAAGAACAUGAAACAGGAGGAAAAUGAAAAUUUGGAAUCUUCUGAUAAGCAAGAAGAUAAACCAAGUGGUCCAGUGUUUGAUGAGCUUGGAGAUACUUGGACAGAUGCUAAAGUAUCUAAAAAGAGUAAAAAGAAACCCCGCAAAGACCAGUGAGGUGCCAACAGGGUUAAGCCGGGUGUCCUCCCUAGUGCUAGCUCAAUGCUUCACAUCACCCAUAAAACUACAAAUCCUGGUUUUUAUUUUUCAUAAAAUUUAUGUGACAUACUUAAAAUGUUUUUUAUCUUAUUUAUUAUUGAAAAUCCUUACUUUAUAAAGAAUUGAACUAUCAAAUUAAUGUUAAUUGAAUGAUAAUGUGAAUGUGACUUUUCAAACUGUAGUUUUAUAUGGUGUGAAUUUAUAUUAAGUUAUAAUUAUGUAACUGUUCUUACACAUUCAGAUUAAUUACGUCCAUGUUUUAGUUUCAUAUUUUAUGUUAUGACUUGUUUUUUUCAUAAUAAUUUAACUAUUUGUUUUCACUGAAGCAUAAUACAAAUUGUUUUAUACAUUUUUAAAGAGUCAUUAUAUUUUUAUGAGAGAAAUCUUUCGGAAUCUGCAAUAUUUUUGGUGUUACUACUUUAAUGUGACUCAAUUUGAAGCAAUGUCUAAAGGAUUUCUAAGUUUUCAAGUGAAAUAUGGUGUAAAAAGUAACAGUUUUGUAGAUCUUUAGAUUUAGCAUUUACGUAGAUAAUAAUUUUUAACCUUUCAAUAUAACAUUUAAAAUCCUGGUGCUUAUAGCGGUAAGUGUCUUGACUCCAUUCCAUUUUUGUAUAUUUCUUUUUCUAAUAAUCAUGAAACGAAUUUUUCCUAUGAAUUAAAUUCAUUACUAUUUUGUAAUAAAGUACUAACAUAUAAUUAUAAUUUAAAGAAAAAAAAAAAAUAUAUGUAACAUUUAUUAGUGCAAAUAAAUAGACCAAUAUGUUUUUAUAAAUUCCUUGAAAUAAUAUACAAUUUUUUCCACCUUAGAAGCAUAUUUCGGAUUUUCCGUCCAUAUUCCAACAGCUUUAUUCUUGCAGUGUUGACACAAUACCUGUAUUAUCUAUAAUUUGUUAUUGUGAAGUCAUUGUAGCUCUUAAUACGUAGCGACACAUCAAUGAUUGUAUUGCAGAUUCCUGUUUUGUAUAUUAGAUUUAAGCAUAAUGUUAAGAAUAGUAAUUACAAUGGAACAUCUUUUUUACCUGUCUGAAGAAUAUACUUAAUUUAUUUUAAAUGAUCAAAAUUUGGAUAAAUUCACGUUUAAGCCUCUAUUAUAUUAUUAUUUAUCUCGUUUUAAAACUGUCUGUUACCUACUGUAAUUAUUUCGAUUUACCAUUUAUAACUGUUAAAGGCUUAAAUACCUGUGUUUUCUGUGACCUACAAUGAUCUUGACCUCGGAUUGUCUAAUGUUAUUUAUUGUUUUUGGUUUCGCGUUCUUUAUCUUGUGAUAUCAGUUUGUGUCAGAGGGUAAUUUGUAGGAAACUGUUUGUUGCAAUAAGUAACUUAAGUAAGAUUUAUUAUUGUAACAGUGAAAUUCCGUUGAGUGCACUUACGGAAUUUAACCACUAAUUUUUAUUGUUAAUUAAUUAUAUGUAUUGCUAUAGGUAAAUUUAAAAUAGGGAAUUUAUUUGAAGAGGUUUAUUUUCAGUUGUUUGUAUUUCUUUAAAAUUGUGCUCAGUUAUUUAUUUCUAGACAUUUGUAUUUAGGGCCUAAAUUUUUCUUUUAGUUAAAGAAAUUCUUCAUUCAAUUGGUUGGUCGUUAGAAAAGUUAGAUUAAUUAUACUGUCGACUUUGUAUUCGCAGACUAUACGAUUCAGUUAGAGAGUUUUGUCGUACUAUCACUGUUGUCUAUAGUGGGAUGUUGUCUAUAGGCUCUAAAAUGUAAUGAAUGCGUAAUAUAAAUAUUUUUUUAAAAUCAAUAAAGAGUGAUAUUAAUAA